AUGUCACACACUGAGCCUGCAUCUCAACAUGCGCCAGGCCGCUCUUCGAGGUCCCCCAUGGGAGAAGCUCUAGUUUCACCCACCUCGAAUCGGCACGCACAUCUGGGUGAUCGCGAUUUGCGCCAUGACGGGGGCAAUACCCCAUACUCCAAUGGCGAGGAACGGAUGCAGCAGGUCCCUCAAAAGACCCUGGGCGUCCACAACAUCCUCAACCCUUUAGAGCCUCGGCCAUCGGCUUCUGGAGGCAACGGUCCUAUGCAUCCAGCAGCUCGUCCUUCUGACUCUGCAAUGCAUCCCCAAACACCCGGCUCGAUACACAGCCCCUUCCAUACAACAAGGUCUUUCCCGCACGGGCAAAACGCAUCGAUAUCCCUUCCAGGUACACCCGUAGGGUCAAUGACACCUAUUGGGGCCCCUACCUCAGGACGCAACUCACCUAUAACAGGAUAUCCUUUUCCUUCAGUCGGCAAUACAAGACAAAGAGCCAGCCCGACACAACAUCCCCGAGCCAUAAGUGUCAGUCAUGUCCCGCCCCGCGAAUCAGACGGCCGCCAACCUUCGUCCUUGCAUGGCAAACGACCCUACGAGGAGAUGGCAGCCGAAGACACCAGAUCUCACUACCCUAAUAUUCACCAUCUUUCCGGUAUGCCAGCUGGUCCUCCCUCAGCAAUGUCGGACUCCGGUAGGUUGCAUUCCCAGGGACCGAUGUCUUCUCCUGGACUUCAAGCUCCCCACUCUGGUUUACCGCCAAACCACAUGACAGGUCGCCAGCAACCACCGGUACAUCAUCAAACGUCAUAUUCUCCUAAUAUGCAAGGUGGUCGGCCAUUCCCCAGUCCUGGGCCCCAAAACGAAAAUAACACGCUGUGGUCGGAAACACUACGAAGACAAGGCACGGGUGGAUCUCUCUUUGGUGUCGAAGGACAACAAGCCUUUAUGACACUUCCUGGAAACGAAACACCUAUACCUGUUCAUAUGGACUUUUCUCAUGCGUCUAAAAAGGCAGACGAGAAGAGACAACGAAAUGCCGUGGCUUCGACGAGACACCGGAGGAAGAAGAAGAUUAUGCAGGAGGAAAACUCAAAACAAUUGCAAGAGCUUCGGGAUGAAAGGCGAUUGAUGGAAAUCAGAAUCGAAGAGUUGACGCAGCAGCGGGACUUUUAUCGCGACGACCGCAAUCGCUUACGGGACAUUGUUGGGCAAACGCCAUCAAUAAGUAGUCUUGCUGCGGGACCCCCAAGUCCUACAUUUUCAGUGAGCAACUCGUACGCAGAGACCGGGUCCAUGGUCUCGGGGCAUAUGGGCUAUGGCGGUGAAGGAAUGUCAAACGAGAGGCCAAGCCAGCGCCGUCGAACCGACGAUCAUCCCGAGUACUCAUUGCCUCCGUAUUCUCCUGCGAGCGUCACGAGCGGACACCCGAGCGCAUCUCCCAGCCAAUUGCCACCGAUGCCAAUGCCAGGCUACGGUGGACCAUCACGACCAUCAUCAGCAGCGUCCUCGGCCAAUAGCGAGAGGCUGCCGCCAUUGAGAGCAAUGGAUGGUCGACCCCUUGGUCCACCUCCUGGAUCAGGUGUGCAGGAGCAGGAUAUGCGAACGGGGCAGUGGGUUCCGGUCCAGCCUCGAGCACAGGAGACUGGCUGGGCAACAAGAGACACGCAUCGCAGACCUUGA